AGUAACGAAUGUUAACAUUCAUAGUGGAUUUCAAACAGAAAACAUGAAAGUCUUACUAGCUCUAGCAUUGUGUAUUGUUGCGACGACUGGCGCGCCAGAUCCGAGGUCAGCGUGCGUGGAGUACUGCUCCGUCGGCGACAUCGGCGCGACGUGCCCCGCGGGCCAGACGUGCAUGUCCAACGGCUGCGGCCACCAGUGUUUCCCCGACUUCAUCGCCAUCUUGAAGGCAGUGGCCAAGUGUCCGCGCCCGGUGUGCGACGAACCGUGCCCCAACGGAUACGUCACGGGGCCUGACCACUGCCAGACAUGCCAGUGUAACGUCAUCAACCCCCUCCUGAAGAUAUUUGACCAGAUUAAACAGCAGCAGAUAGACCAGCUGGCGAAAACACACAAGUAGAGAUUGCGAGACAAAUCGAUUUAUACAUAAUACG